GUACAAGUGGUACCCUUUACUAGAAUGUUCUGCAGAAUCUCUUCUUCAACACCAUUCUUGUUCCGCUGCAAAUUUGUUCCUCUCCUCUGCCAUACAGUGAAUAGUUCUCCUCCUAGAGGUUUUUCUUGUGUCAGAAAGGGUUCCAUGGCUUGGUGGGAGGGUCUCGAUGAAGCUCGUGUUCUUAUUGCACCAGAACCUUCUAAGGACGGGAACAAGGUAGAGCAGCUUUUAUCUCUCCAACAUCCCAAAUCUGGAAAUGCAACAUGUUACCCUUGUGUUAAUGGAUCUCUUCAAGAACUUCACUGGUUCAAGCAAUCUUAUGGGUCUUGGUUCCUUGGGGAUUAUGUAUGUGAAGAUGGCCGUUUGUAUACUGCAACUCCAGUUGAUCCAGUUUUUGUUCUUUUACCUAUUUUCGAAGAAGCAAGAAUGAAGAAAAAUGAUGAUCCAGGAAAGUUUAGGCAAGUGGAUGAAAUAAUUUAUGUUGUAGGCUAUCCUGGAUAUCAGCAUCUUUCUUCCGUUGCUGAGAACUGCAUGCAAGUGGUUUGUGAUGUCAAAGAUGUAGGAAUGACAAAGUUUUUCAGGCUUAAUGAUGAGAAGGUGCUAAAGUGGUUAUGCUUGAAGGUAAUCCAAUUAAAGAAGACAUUGUUGACACUGGAUAAGAACUAUGCUGCUCGAGAUAAGAAAGAAAUAUUAACUGAUGCAGUAUCUAUAAUUGGAGAGUACUUGAAGGAAGAGCCUUGGUUGAAGCUCCUCUGCAGCAAAUUAAGCAUAGACUUGCAAGAUGACACAAAAGCGUCAAAUUCUGAAAUACAUUCCUCACCAACGGAAAAUGGUUUUGAGCCCUUCAAUCACGGACAGCAGGGAAAGAGUGGAGGUCAGGAAAAGACUACCAGGAACACAAGACAGACUAAAAAGAUCAAAGUGGAGACCAACUCCCUUAAUAUCAAAGACAUGUUUAGUAGGGCUACUAGGCGGGGAAAAUGAAGUUAUGAAGCAGCAGAGCACAGAUCAACGGACAUAAGAGGCUUCUCGGACCAAGGUAUCACUAAUGUGGGGAGGGGAUGACAUUUAAAUUGUGAUUGAACAGGCUUGGAAUGAAUUGGAUGGCUUAAUCUCUCUGAUCUGGUGUCGUCGUUGCUGCUGUAAACAGGCGGUAUCUGUAUCCUCUUUACUGUUAAUUCUUCUUAGUGUAUGAUAUUCAUCCCUUGUACACUGCUCUGCAAAAUCAGCUGUAAAUGCCAAGUCUAGGGGUUUUCAAAUGGAGACAA